AUGAGUGACGCUAAAGAGCAAUCCGUUCCAUCUCCAAAAACGAGGAUACAGCUACCUCCACUUCAAGUGCCUAAACGUCGCGUCUCAGCAUCAUGGACAGAAAAUCUGGAGCCAUCCAUGGAUAUAAAAUCGCCUCCAGCAAUUAAAUCACCAGAAGAAAAACCUGGACCAUCUCGGAUUAGACCAUCUCCCGAGGAAGAGGUUGCUACAUUUCCCAAACCGACCCCAUCACCGCAAAUUGAAUCGCAAGCAGAAGACAGCAGAAUACAAAGGGAAGACAGUAGAGAAGAGAAACCAGAGAAAAGGGGUCGACGCGGCUCCAUUGGGACAAUCAAAGAUCAAUUGUUGAAGUUCAAGAUGAAGGCCGGCAAAGUGCUUGAAGAUGUGCAUGAUCGUCUUGUUGAAGAUCAUUCGUCUGUAGCAGUUGCGCCAUUAUCGCUACCUGCAACUCCAUCACAAGAUUUAACCUCUGGUGCUGAAAUGGAUGAAGCUUCUUCUGUCGAAGGCAGAAAAAGCCCAACCUUAUCUCAAUCCUCAAAACGCACUUCUACAUCAGCGGAACUGAAAGCUUCAAUGCGAUCAAAACUUCGAAAACAGGCGGAGCAAACUGUAGAACGAAAACGUGGUUCUGUACAUUUAGCCAAGAGACUUCAGCGACGAUUGACUAUACAUCAAGAGGAGGGUCCUACAGAGGGUGAGCUACAAUCUGUUGAUGAGCAGAUUGAAAAGACAUUGAAGAUUGGGGCGCGAUUUCUACAAGAGCAGGCUUCGUUGAACCCUCCAGAUGAUGUACAGUAUGCGUUCUUUGUUGAUGAUUACGAAAAAGAGCCUCCACCAAGAGUGAUUGGAUCAGUAAUGGAUUAUCGUAGAGCGGAAAUGGUUGAUAAUGAUGAAAAUCAAGGAUUACUGACAUAUUAUGACGCGCGACCUAGUGAUUUAGAAGCUGAAAGGCCUAUGACGUCAUCGAUAAUGGAACAACGACUUUCUCCGGCAUUUUUCACUAAUGGCAGGUUACGAACUAUUGAAGAGUCGCAAUAUACGAAACCACUCAAGACAAUACAAAGGGAAGAUGUUCCCUAUAAUUACGUGAAAGCGGAGCCAUGGGAAACAUUCGUGGACGAGAUUCGGGGUAGCGAUUAUGUGCAGUUGGAUAUUUUUAUUGGUACCGUUUCUAUGGAACAACAUCCGCUAUGUGGAGAUGAGGACAAAAUUGUUGGGCGAUUGCAUGCACUUUACGAAGAACAAGUAAAACGCAUAAAUGAAAUGACAGAUACACUAGUCAAUAUAGAAAAUUUACCCAGUGGGGCAAAUCCAUCGGCUCUUCGUGAACACGUCGACUCACUCUAUCGCGAUAUACGUCGAGCUGCUGAAGGUUUGCGGAGAGAAUAUGGUGAACUGGAAAAUUGCCGUAACCGACAAGGGUACAGUACUUCACCCCUAAGGUAUACAAUCGAUGAAGAGGAUGAAUCUAGUUCUCUGCUUGGAAAGCUCACUAUGGACGGUCCCGUCACGCCGAUCGGAACCCUUCCACAAGCUGAACGAUCACGACUGGAUCUAUUGAAGAAAACAUCUGUCCAUGUUAUAUUGCAUUUCAACGACAUGUUCGUUUGCAAAUCGGAAUCGCUGCCUCUCAAUGAUUUUCAAUAUCGAUUUGAUCAGCUGUUCAAUUUAGAGAUCGUUUCUGAGCCGAAAACAAUUACUGCUACAAUUGUAGAAAAAAGCGGUACGACAAAGAAGACAAUAGCAAAGGUCAACAUUCCACUGCCAUCUGAUUCUGAAGAAGAUAGUCUGCAACCACACCACAUACCAUUUACAAGCACUGAGGGCUCAAUUAGUGGUUUCAUUUUGGCUCACGCCAAAUGGUCUAGUGAGGCAAGGGCCAGACGUAGAGAAAGUGCAGCUCCUGCCCAGCCAAAUGAAGACACACCAUUUUCCAUCAUACCGCCUGGUGUGCGCUUAGUCUCCGAUGAAGAAUUUGACUCGAACCCUAGAUGGGAUGCGCUGGAGCGGCGCGCACGUAAGCGCAACGGAAACGAGAGGAUUCCCAUAGAUGCUUCCGACAUUGAUACUAGCACCAGUGCCCAUUUGGAUGAACGACGCCAUCGGCCAUCAUUUCGUACAGCCAUUGAUGGAAUGCGAGCUUUGGGACUGGCCCAUGCGGUUAAAUUGAGAACCCGCCUCCUUGAAAGAGAACAAGAUGUCUCUACCAUGUCAUAUUCGGAGAUCGUACGCGAAGAGCCCUUACCAGGACUUUUUGGGGCUAUUGGCUCUUUGUUUGGACCAGCUGAUCUUUCUCGAAAGCUGAAACCUAUGAGAAAGAUGCCAGAUAGACAACAGGUAUUAGCUCCCACACCACUGAAUUCCAAACCAACCAAUAAAUCAAUAGAAUUUCUCACCUUCUUCGUUCAAAUUGGUGAUUAA